CCGCGGAAGACGCCGAACUACGCGCCGUACAGCCAAGACGCAUUUCUGGCGCAGCUAAAGACGUUUGCGGACGUAAAGCUUUGGACGAUGAAGCCGGACGCUAUUAAUAAGGUGCAGUGGGUGAAGAGGGGGUAGGUGUGCAAAGCGUGGAAUACUGUUGUUUAUAAGGGGGGAUGCAAAGCUAGAGUAGUAGUAAGUCUAAGGCUGAAGCGGAAGGACGAGAAGGGGGAGGAGAUUAAGGGGUUAGAGGAUUGGAGUGUAAAUAUUAAAGAGGAGUUAGUGGCGGCGUAUAUAGAGAGGAUUAUAAAGGGGCAUGCGGAGUUUUGCUUGUAGAGGAGGGCGGGGUGUAAGAAGGAUAUCUAUUAUAUUCCGAUUGCGCGACGCGAUGUCUGCGAAGCGGAUCUCUUGCGGCGGUAUUAGUCCCUUAAGGCGAUUAAGGCAUAUCUGCCUCUGUUUAAGUGUAUUAAGUAUACCGGCAUUAAUCCAGCGUCUCUUAUUAAGUGCUUACUACCCUUAUUCUUUGCCGCGACCGAAGAGAGCGCUGCUACUAAGGAUUCACCACCACCCUCCCUUACAGCCUUCGCUUUCGCCCUCUUUAGCUGGAACAGCGUUGCCUAAGAUGGCCUCUAUAUUGCACAGUGCUCCUACUAUUUCCAGCGCGUGGGACUAUAGCUCUACACUAAAGAGUGUAUUGCCACUAUAGCUAAGAAAGUCAACGCCGAAGAGUCCUAACUCCUUCUUAAUCUCCUUAAAACACACUGCGAGCACUGCCUCUAGAAGAACGCGGAGGCGCAGGCUAACCCGCCGGACGGACAAGUGGCGGGCUUCGCGGCGUGGCGGACACUAUAAUAUAUGCUUAGCGUGAACAAGAGGCGGGAUACCACAGCGACACAGGGUAGUGUAGAGGUUGGUGGGGAGGCAGAUGUAGCAGGGAAGAAAGACAGAGAGGA